AGGCAAUCAAAUUGUCAGACAGGAACAAAAACAGCAGCUUUUAUCUGUAAAUUUCUUUAUCUGAUCGAUUCUGUUCCAACCUCCUUUCAUUGUAAUGAUAUCACAAGUUUGAAUCUCUGUUUCUCUUUCCUUUUCUCUUUCUCUCUGUGUGAAUUUUACAGAAACAAGAAAAAAAUACAAAAUUUUAAAACCUCUCUCUUUUUUAUCAUCUAUCAAAAUUUCUUGCUCUCUCUCUCUCGUGCAUGUUACAGAGAGUGGUGCAGAAAGUUUUGUGUCUCAGAUCCCGAUAUACUGCUGCUCUGCUAUCCUCACCAUUAACGAGAAUACACUGUUCCUUUUUCUUUCUAUUAAACCAUCACUAUUCAUCUCUCUUUGUGGUUGUGGUCCUCUUCCAUUUCUUUCGUUUUGUUUAAUUGUAUAAACUACAUACAUAUAUACUCUCUUCUAGGUUUUAUUUUGUGAACAAAUGCAAGAACCGGGCUUGGGUAUAAUGGGUGGUGGUAUUGGUGGAGGAGGUGAAGUCUCCGGUGACCAAAGUCAGCAACAACUGAAGGCUGAAAUAGCGACUCACCCACUUUAUGAACAGCUAUUAGCGGCUCAUGUAUCGUGUCUGCGUGUUGCGACACCUAUUGAUCAAUUGCCUCUAAUUGAUGCGCAGUUGUCUCAGUCUCACCAUCUUCUUAGGUCUUAUGCUUCUCACCAUCAUCAACACUCUCUUUCUCCUCAUGAAAGGCAGGACCUUGACAACUUCUUGGCACAAUAUUUGAUAGUAUUAUGUACUUUCAAAGAACAGCUUCAGCAACAUGUCAGAGUCCAUGCCGUUGAAGCUGUUAUGGCCUGCCGUGAAAUCGAAAAUACCUUACAAGCUCUCACUGGAGUAACGUUGGGUGAAGGAACAGGUACAACGAUGUCGGAUGAUGAGGAUGAACUACAGAUGGAUUUCUCUCUUGAUCAAUCUGGUUCUGAGGGUCAUGAUUUGAUGGGUUUUGGACCAUUGCUUCCAACAGAAUCAGAAAGGUCUCUAAUGGAGAGAGUUCGUCAGGAGUUGAAGAUUGAACUCAAGCAGGGCUUUAAAUCAAGAAUUGAAGAUGUUCGAGAGGAAAUACUAAGAAAAAGAAGGGCUGGGAAAUUACCAGGUGACACAACUACAGUGCUAAAAAAUUGGUGGCAACAACACUCAAAGUGGCCAUACCCAACUGAAGAUGACAAGGCAAAACUGGUGGAGGAGACAGGGUUGCAACUAAAGCAAAUCAACAAUUGGUUCAUCAACCAGAGGAAACGCAAUUGGCAUAGCAACUCUCAGUCUGUCACCUCCUUAAAGUCAAAGCGCAAAAGAUAGAAAAAAGACCAUGAAAUUAAUUGUUGCAAUUGAUACUGAGGAAGUAAGAUUGUAACAUGUCAAUAUAAGAUGUUUUCUGACAUUGGGGGUCCAUAUAGUACUGAAGAAAUCUGGAAGUUAGAUAAUGACCAGGUACAGAAACAGCUUGCUUACUUGUUACAAGUUUGUAGAUUCAUGUAAUGUUUCUAUCUAACAAACUCUCAGAACUCUUUUACUUUUAAGUUGCUUCUUUCUAAUCCAACGCUUUAAACUGAA